AUGAUUAUGUUUUCUUUUUUUGAGAAGAUUUCUCUGGGUAUUUUGAUAUUUGUCCUGAUAGAAGGAAACCUUUCAUCAUUAACAGCACAAACCUACUUACCUUUAGAGGAGAUCCAAGAACCUACGAGUGCAGUUUCUUUUCUCCUACCUGAAGAAUCUACAGACUCUUCUCUAUCUACCAAAAAGAAACAGCCUCUGGACCACAGAGAAACUAAGAGACAGUGGUUACUCAGAAGGCGACGAUCUGUUAUGUUUCCCAAUGGAGUGAAAAUCUGCCCAGAUGAAAGUGUCACAGAGGCUGUGGCAAACCAUGUGAAGUAUUUUAAAGUCCGAGUGUGUCAGGAAGCUGUCUGGGAAGCCUUCAGGACUUUUUGGGAUCGACUUCCUGGGCUUGAGGAAUAUCGUUACUGGAUGAAUUUGUGUGAGGAUGAAAUCACAAGUAUAUUUGAAAUGGGCACAAAUUUUAGUCAGUCUGUGGAACACAGAAACUUAAUCAUGAAGAAACUGACUUACGCAAAGGAAACUGUAAGCAGCCCUGAAUUGUCUUCUCCAGCUCCUACUGAUGGUACUUCAACAUUGGGAGGUGCUGCUCUCAGUGUUUCAUAUCCAGGAAUGGCCUCCUAUGAAGGUGCCUCAGAGAGCAGCUUGGAAAGGCCAGAGGAGAGUAUUAGCAAUGAAAUUGAGAAUGUGGUAGAAGAACCCACAAAACCAGCAUCUGAACAGAUUGCAGAAUUCAGUAUCCACCUUUUGGGGAAACAAUACACGGAAGCACUACAGGAUCCUUCCAGCUUUCACCAUCAGUACCUUGCAGAAGAGUUUAUUUCAGAGGUUGAAAAUGCAUUUAUUGGUUUACCAGGCUACAAGGAUAUUGGUGUGCUUGAAUUUAGGUCCCCCAAGGAAAAUGGCAGUGGUAUAGAUGUUCACUAUGCAGUUACCUUCAAUGGUGAGGUCAUCAGCAAUACCACCUGGGACCUAAUUAGCCUUCACUCCAACAAGGUGGAAAACCAUGGCCUUGUGGAAUUGGAUGAUAAGCCCACUGCUGUUUAUACAAUUAGUAACUUCAGAGAUUAUAUUGCUGAGAUACUACACCAGAACUUUUUGUUGGGGAACUCCUCCUUGCAUCCAGAUCCUGAUUCCCUCCAACUUAUCAAUGUGAGAGGAGUUUUGCUUCCUCAAACUGAAGACCUAGUUUGGAACACCCAAAGUUCAAGUUUCCAGGCGACACCAUUGUCUAUCCUGGAUAAUACCCUUCAGGCUGAAUGGCCUUCAGCAGAUGAAUCCACCACCAGCAGUAUUUCACCACUUGAUUUCAGCUCUGGUUCUCCCUCAACCACUGGCAGGAAAGCCUGGUCAGAAAGUCCUUUGGGUGAUUUAGUAUCUACCCCCAAAUUAGCCUUUCCCUCGAAGGUGGACCUCAGUUCUUCCCCAAAAGUUUCAGAGCUUAGCCACUUGACUCUUCAUUCUGUCACCCCAGCAGUGCUUCAGACUGGCUUACCUGUGGAUUCUGAGGAAGGAACUUCUGGAUCUCACUUAGAAGAUGGAUUAGCCAACGUUGAAGAGUCAGAAGAUUUUCUUUCUAUUGAUCCAUUGCCUUCAAGUUCGUUCACUCAACCUGUGCCAAAGGAAACAAUACCAUCUAUGGAAGACUCUGGUGUGUCCUUGACGUCCUCACCAUACCUGACCUCCUCUGUCAUCUUAGAUCUUCUUGAUAAAGAAGUAACUCUACCUUUUGGCUUGGACUCCAAAGUCAAAGGCCAAUUAGAACAGAGCCCUUUGCUGCCAGACGCAUCCAUGGAAGAAGAAUUUAUAUUUGAGAGCAGUUUAGGUUCAGGAUCUGGGCAAAAGGAGGAUAUGAUUACUUGGCCAUGGACUGAGACUUCAUUAGAGAAGAUCAUGGAACCACUUUCCAAGUCAUGGCUUGAAGAUGAGGAUUCACUUUUGCCAACUGAGGAUGUAGAUGAGAAACUAGUUGUAGAUGACAAAAUGGAUUCCACAGACCAAAUUAUUGAGCAUUCAAAAUAUGAGCAUGAUGAUAGAGCCAUAGACUUUGCAGAGGAAGAGACCCUUGGUGGACCUACUGUGCCCAUCUUUGCAGAUACUGAAACUCAGUCUGCACCUCUGAUCCUUCCCAAGCACACAUCAGAGGUACCUGACAUUGACUAUUAUUCAGUUACCAAAGCACCUCUUCUAAUGGCAUCUAUAGCAAUCUCUGCUUCUACUGAUAAACGCGAUCAAAUAGAUGCCUUCCUAAAGGGGGAUAUGGAACAAACUACAGAGUCACCCAACCAGGAAUGGUUUGACAGCAAGGUUUCAGUGGUGAAGCCAGAUAUACAACCUUUGUGGACCAUAUUGCCAGAAUCAGGUAUAGUCUGGACAAGAACUUCUUCCCUAGGAAGAUUGUCUGGAGAGACACUGGCAAGUACACCACAGAAUACUGACAGACUCUGGUUGAAAUCUUCCCUGAUACAGUCUACCGAAUUGCCUCCAACCACAAGCUCCACCCUGCUGGAGGAUGAAGUAGUUAUGGGUGUACAGGAUAUUUCAUUAGAACUGGACCGGGUAGGCACAGAUUACUAUCAGCCUGAGCAAAUCCAAGAGCAAAAUGGCAAAGUUGGUAGUUAUGUGGAAAUGUCUACAAAUGUUCGUUCCACAGAAAUAGCUAUUGUGGCUCAGCCCACAAAAGGAGAUGACCUGAGCUAUACCCAGACUGCAGGAGCUUUGGUGGUUUUCUUUAGCCUCCGAGUGACUAACAUGAUGUUUUCAGAAGAUCUGUUUAAUAAAAACUCUUUGGAAUAUAAAGCCUUGGAGCAAAGAUUCUUAGAAUUGUUGGUUCCCUAUCUCCAAUCAAAUCUCACAGGAUUCCAGAACUUAGAAAUCCUGAACUUCAGAAAUGGCAGUAUUGUGGUGAACAGCCGAAUGAAGUUUGCCAAGUCUGUCCCUCCUAAUGUCAAUGAUGCUGUAUACAUGAUUCUGGAAGACUUUUGCACCACUGCCUACCAAACCAUGAACUUGGCUAUCGAUAAAUACUCCCUUGAUGUGGAAUCAGGUGAUGAAGCCAAUCCUUGCAAGUUUCAGGCCUGCAAUGAAUUUUCUGAGUGUCUGGUCAACCCCUGGAGUGGAGAAGCAGAGUGCAAAUGCUACCCCGGGUACCUGAGUGUGGACGAACUGCCUUGUCAGAGUCUCUGUGACCUACAGCCUGACUUCUGCUUGAAUGAUGGAAAGUGUGAUAUUAUGCCUGGGCACGGGGCCAUUUGCAGAUGCCGGGUGGGUGAGAACUGGUGGUACCGGGGCGAGCACUGUGAGGAGUUUGUGUCUGAGCCCUUGGUCAUAGGCAUCACCAUCGCCUCCGUGGUUGGACUUCUCCUCGUCUCUUCUGUGGUCAUUUUCUUCCUCAUCAAGACUCUUCAAGCACAAUAUGUCAGGAGAGAAAGAGAGAGGCCUGAAAAUCCGAAUCAAUCGUACCUUUGUUUUUGUGGCUGCAGCAGUCAGGCUGAUAGCCUCUCAUCCAUGGAGAAUGCUGUGAAGUACAACCCUGUGUAUGAAAGUGAGGCAGCCAGCUGUGAGCAUCCCUUCUACAGCUCUGCGAGCGGAGAGAUGAUUGGUGGUCUGAGCAAGGAAGAAAUCAGACAGAUGUAUGAGAACAGUGGGCUUUCUAGAGAGGAAAUCCAAGAAAGAAUGAGAAUUUUGGAACUGUAUGCCAAUGAUCCUGAGUUUGCAGCUUUUGUGAGAGAGCAUCAGAUGGAACAACUUUAACCAUAAAUCCUGUUUUGAAACUGAUUA